AUGGCUCCUCACGCAGAUGGUGGUACUGCUCACUCGGAUGGGUCAGCUACCUCUUCCAGGUACCAUGCCUCUUCGACAAAGGGUGCCAUUGAGGCCGAACACAAGUUCGCUGCUCACAAUUACCACCCUUUACCUGUCGUCUUCUCACGUGCCUCAGGUGUAGACGUAUGGGACCCUGAGGGCAAGCAUUAUAUCGACUUCCUCUCCGCUUAUAGUGCUGUCAACCAAGGCCACUGUCACCCUGAGCUCGUGAAGGCUCUUACCGAGCAGGCCAGCCGAUUGACGCUGAGCUCAAGGGCGUUCCACAACGAUGUCUUUCCCAAGUGGGCUGAGAAGGUCCAGCAGGUGUUCGGCUACGACAUGGUUCUGCCCAUGAACACGGGAGCAGAGGCUGUGGAGACUGCUAUCAAGAUUGCCAGAAAAUGGGCAUACAAGGUCAAAGGAGUCCCUCAAGACAAGGCUUGGGUCUUUGGCGUUGAUGACAACUUCCACGGCCGAACUAUGACUGCUGUGACUCUGUCUACCGAUCCCGAGUCCAAGGAGAACUACGGUCCCUACGUCCCGAAAAUUGGUGCUGUCAACCCCUCAACCGGCAAGCCGAUUCGUUACAACAGUGUGGAAGAUAUCGAAGAGUUGUUUGAAGCACAUGGUACAGAGACAGCCGCGAUCAUUAUCGAGCCAAUCCAGGGAGAGGCAGGUGUAGUCGUUCCUGAUGCUCACUAUCUCGCCAAGGUCCAAGACGUUUGCCGGAAGCAUAACGUUCUCUUGAUUUGCGAUGAAAUCCAGACUGGCAUUGGACGAACGGGCAGAAUGCUGUGUUCCGAGUGGGCUGGCAUCAAGCCUGACAUGGUCACCCUUGGCAAGGCCAUCUCGGGUGGAUUGUAUCCUGUGAGCGCCGUCCUCAGCAGCAAAGAGAUCAUGCUUGUCGUCGAGCCUGGUACCCAUGGCUCAACUUAUGGUGGCAACCCACUGGGAUGCGCAGUAUCCAUCCGUGCCCUUGAGAUCAUGGAAGAAGAACAGCUGACUCAAAAAGCUGAGAAGUUGGGCAACCUUUUCAGAGAGAGCUUAGCGGCUUUCAACUCACCCAUUGUCCAGCUCAUUCGAGGCAAGGGACUGCUCAAUGCUGUCGUUAUUGAUGAGUCACAGACAAACGGCCACUCAGCCUGGGAUCUUUGUCUUCUGUUAAAAGAGAAGGGCCUCCUGGCCAAACCAACUCAUGGUAACAUCAUUCGGUUCGCUCCGCCAUUGGUCAUCACCGAGAUUCAACUACGUAAGGCCGUCAACAUCAUCGGUGAGGCUCUCAAGGAACUUCCCACGAUGAAGCAACACGAGGAUAUUCAUGUGGAGCUUGAGAACUGA